AUGCUAGCUGAAAUAUUAGAAGAUAUACCUACACUCAGACUAAAAUCAAGAAAACCGCCUUGGAAGACAACUAAAGACCUAAUAAGAUCAGGAUUUGAAACUAAAAAGUGCUGGUUCGAGGAAUGGACUAACUCUACCAUACCAAUCAAAAAUAAAAACCUGGUGCUGGACCCCAAUCAAGGAGUUAUGGGUAUGGAACUGCCUAGACAUCAGUGGUUUGUACUAAAUCGUCUUCGAACAGGCCAUGGACGUUGCGCUGAUAUUAUGUUUAAAUGCGACUCCGAGGUAGCCCAGCAUGCGAUUGCUGCGAUAGACAAACCAUAA